AUGAAAGCUUUCACUUUUUUCGUUCUGUCUGCUCUCUUUUUAGCUGCCACUGCUAGUACUAUUGGAGAUGAUGAUUCCUCUUGUACUGGGACUGCCUGCACUGCUGAUGGAGAUACACUUACCUUUUCCAUUGAAGUUAUAGUUGGGGAUGCUGACCAUUUGCACUUGCCACAGUUUAACACCAUUCCUAUCACUAGCGUUACAUUUUAUAACCCAUUGUCUCAGAGGAAUGAAACUAUUUAUUUUAAAGGCCACAGCUACCCUCUGUCAACAGGGACGUACUGUAACAACAGCUACUUUACUGCUAGCAAGAAUGAUAUGAAGCCAUUUGUGAAACCUUUUCAUAGCACUCCAAUACCAAUAUACGUCAACUAUCGUGAUAGAUCCUCUAUAGAAAAGGGUACUCAAGAUAUCUGUGGAUUUGUUGAUGUUGAAAGCAUCACAAUUGGAGUGUCUGUUGUUGUUGGAAUUGUUGGUUUAGGUUGCUGCCUUGGAAUUGCUUUGCAGUUUCUAAAGGCAUAUGCAAGGAAGAGAGCAAUGCAACGUGGUCAUGUUCGUUUUACUAAUGCUAUCAAUGAUGAUCCUGUUUUAGUGAAGGCAAUUUAAACUCUUUUCCUGUGAUAAGAACACAGUGAUACUUAUAUUCAAUAUGUUUUAUCUCUUUUUAUUUUUGCUGCAAAUUUUGUGUUAAUCUUG